AUGUUUCGCUCUAUCAACAAGUUAUCAACACAUUUGAACAACCGUUACGUUAUGGGAACUCUAUCCAGAGGUAUAGCUGAAAAACGUUCUAGUAUGGAAGAGUAUUUCAAAGACAAGAGCUUCAUAGUGACUGGAGCAAGUGCUGGUAUGGGAAAAGUGAUUGCUGGAAGAUUGUUAGCUAUGGACGCGCACGUAUUCGCAGUCGGAAGAGAUAUAGAUAGUCUACCGAGUGUUCCUGGCCUAAAACUGACCAAAGUAACCGUGGAUAUUGGUGACUGGGAUUCGACAUAUAGUAAGAUCUUAGAAAUGGGGCCCGUCCACGGUUUAGUCAACAACGCCGGAGUGGCUCACAUCGAACCAUUUAUGGAUACGACACAACAAGGAUGGGAUGAUACAUUAAACAUAAAUUCCAGAGGAGUGGUAAGGGCAAGUCAAGCUGUAGCUAAAAAUAUGAUUGCUGCAAAAAUCAAUGGAUCAAUAGUGAAUAUAUCCUCAACCAUAUCUGAGAGAGCAAUACCAGAUCAUGUAGCAUAUUGUGCAUCUAAAGGAGCUGUGAACCAAAUAACAAGGACAAUGGCCGUAGAAUUAGGACCUCUGGGCAUAAGAACAAACAAUGUUAAUCCUACUGUUGUAUUGACCAAGAUGGGGUUGAUAGCGUGGUCUGAUCCGAAAAAAUCAGAACCGAUUAUGAAGAGAAUACCAUUAGGAAGAUUUGCACAGCCUAAUGAUAUUGCUGAUGCAGUGAUAUUUCUAUUAAGCGACUAUUCAAAAAUGAUAAAUGGUAUGAACCUAUACGUAGAUGGCGGUUUUAUGACUGGAUAA